CAGUAUGGUCAAACAGGGCUUUUAUAUAGGCAAGGAUACGGAUAUCCUGUCUAUGGACGUCCUUUACAUGUGUGCGUUUAUUACAAAUGUAUGGAAAUAAUGGCCGGCAAUGGUCGGUGUGUGGUGGAACGGUUCGGACGUUUGGUGUGAUUUUAACUCGUUCAUUUUUGGUGUUUGUUGUGAUCCACUACGAUUCAAAAUAGGGCAUUACAUGAAGAUGGCUUUGCAAACCGCCGACGCCGCCCCCGUUAGAUACGGACCCACACAACGGUGGCAGAGACUCUCGUUCGACGACGAGGACAAUUUACCAAAAGAUCCCAGACAGUGGACGCGGGAGCAUGUGGCCCAAUGGAUCAGUCUAGUGACCCAACAGCACGGUUUACCUGAAGUACCCUCGUCCAGAUUCCUAAUGAACGGAAAAGCUUUAUGUCUUAUGUCACUAGGGAUGUUUUUAAGUAGGGUACCGUUAGGAGGGAAGCUUUUAUACAAAGAUUUUCAAUUAAGGCUUUGUGCGGCACUUUACGGCGUCAAUCAUUAAUUAUUUCUAGGUUUUUUUUGAUAACAUAGGGUUACGUAGCACUUGGCAGCAACUAUUAUACUUCCUGUAAUUAGAAUUUUUUUCAAGUAUUGUGAAAUGCCUGCCGCAAGGAUUUUUCCUAGUCAUGUAAAUAAAAUAAUUUAGUAUCA